CCCUCUGGUAGUGGGGCGCGGCAACAAGGGCGGACGUAAACAAGAGGAGGAGGGUGAGACACGUGCUAAAGAAAUAGGGGCUCUGGACUCCCAGUUAAGACGUAAUAAUACUGAAGAAGGGGCAGCGAUGGAUUCUAAUAUGACAGAUGGCCUCAGUCCUUACACGGGGAACCGGUCGUUAGACGAUUAUGUUAAGAGCAUUAUGAAUAGUGUUCGAGGAUGUCAGAAAAUAAGUAGCGAGCUUCAGGGCUGGCAUCAUUAUCGGGACUAUGCAGGAGUUCAGCGCACAAUGGAACAAGUCAAUUCGAGCAUCACAUCCUUAAUUAGCAGCAUCUUCAGUCAUCAGGAUAUCAAGUUGGGAUUAUCUCAUCACAAGCUGAUUGACCAGUUUGACAUGAUCAGGGAAGGCAAUGAUGCUCUUCUUGAAAGGAUUAAUUCAGAUGUAGAUGAAGCUUCUGGGCUGAAAAAGAAUCCUGAUGCAGAACUGCUUGAUCCUGUAGUAAAGAAAGUGCAGAGCCCAGCUACGAAUGUACCUGGUGGAAAGAAUGUCGUUUUAUUAGCAGCUCGAAAUGUUCAAAAGCCACAGCUGUUCUUUGCAGAAAAAAUCAACAAUUCUGCAAAGGAACCAUUUAUUCCCAUCAUCAAAGAGAAACCCAAUUCCAUGAAGCCUUUAUCCAUUCUAUUAUGCCUUGACAAUAAUGGUCAAGAGUUCUAUUCUCAUCCCUAUGAGUAUGAGCUCCAACACUGGGCUCCAGCACAAUCUCAGCUCCAGCCUGUUGACCCAAUUCUUCCAAAGCCCAUGGCAGAAACACCUUUGGUCAUGGUAGAUACAGAAGAGGAGUUAAACAAUUUAGUCAGAGAUCUUAGUGCUUGUACAGAAUUUGCUGUUGACUUGGAGCAUCACUCAUUUCGGUCAUAUAUGGGACUUACCUGCCUAAUGCAGAUAUCCACUAGGGAUAAGGAUUAUAUUGUGGAUCCUCUUAAACUCAGAGGUAAACUUACCAUCUUAAAUGAAGUCUUCACAAACCCCAAAAUUACAAAGGUACUUCAUGGGGGUGACCAUGACAUUUUGUGGCUACAGAGAGAUUGUGGUGUGUAUGUGGUUAAUCUCUUCGACACCCAUCAGGCAGCUAUUGUUCUCGAGUACCCACACCGUUCAUUAGCUGCUCUUCUCGCACGUUUCUGUCAAGUUGAAGCAAACAAAGUUUUUCAGAGGGCAGACUGGAGAAUAAGGCCUCUUCCUAGUGACUUCAUUAAUUAUGCAAGGCAAGACUCGCAUUAUUUGUUGUAUAUAUAUGAUGUCAUGAAAAAUGAACUUAUUUCAUGGGGUAACCAACUCAACAAUUUGAUUUUUGCUGUUUAUACCCGCUCUGCUGAAAUCUGUAUGAGGAGAUAUGAAAAGCCAUUUGUUGGGCCAGAGAGUCACAUGGAAUUAUAUCGUCGCAGUCGUAAAGCUUUUAAUUCAAGACAGAUGUAUGCAUUGCGAGAGCUGUAUCUGUGGCGUGACAGGGUUGCCCGUGAGCAAGACGAAAGCCCAGAGUAUGUGCUCCCGAAACAUAUGCUGCUGCAGAUAACAGAGGUUAUACCCAAGGAGAUGCAGGGGGUGUUGGCAUGUUGUAACCCGAUCCCUCCGCUAGUCAAAACUGAAUUACUCACCAUACAUACAAUCAUCAGAGAAGCUCUGGUGCAACCACUCAUUGAUGUAAGCUAUUAUCCUGUCUUGAAAAUAUUUUGUUUUAAUAAUAAUAAUAAUUUCUUUUUCUUUGGGAUUUUUCAGAAUCAGCUGUUAUGCAAGAAACCAGAACAUUCAAAAAGAACUACGAAAUUCAUGAGUCCGCAUGAAAGAUAUACCGCUUACAUAAAGAUGAAACCACUUAUAGAUGGAGAGAAGAAGAAGAAAGAGGGACAGUCUGCAGAUACUGACCGGGUCAAUAAGGUAAGAGAACACUUCAUGUCAUUGACGAAUAAUACAGUUGAUACGGAAUCUGAAAUGGAAACCAACCACAGAGUUGAAGAAGAGAGGACAACUAAUGAAAGUGUGUCCAUGCAAUUACAAGAACAAAACUCUCAACAGCAGUUAGAGGACACUUCACAGCAAGAAAAGACUGAAAGUAAAACAAAGAAAAAAUGUCCUCCAAAGUCUUUUAUUCUUAGUGAAGAGAUUCAAGAAGAAAAAAAUAAGAAGUCAUUAAAAAGAAAAUCAGAUGGUGGUGAAGAAUCUCCACCAAAAGUGCAGAAGCCUAACGAAGUUGAACAAACUGAGAAAGCUAAUGAAAAGGAAGACGGAGAGUUGUCAGGUGAUAGUUCUGAAAAAAAUACUAUUGGUGGAGAAAAGUCUUCUGAAGCUUUUGAUUAUGAGGCUGCAGAUUACAGUUUGUUCCAAAAGGCACAAAGAAAAGCACAAGGCUCUUCACAGAAAAUCAAAGAGAAGUUCAAAGGAAAGAAUCAGAAAGGACGAGGUGGGAAGUCAAGUAUGAAGAGCUUUACUUGGGGCAAUGCUGGUCACAGAGGUCGUCGAUAGCUGUGGCUAACCAUGAGACUUUGUGAUAGACCAGAGUAUUUUACUCUUAAAUUUGUGGUUAGAUAUCAUACUCAACUUUUACAGUGAAACAUAUGAAUACAGUAAUGAACACUGUAAUGUUCAGGAUUAGGAAAGAUCAGUUUGAGUUUUCACAAUGUUAUCUAUAUUAGAAAUAUGAAUCAUAAUACAGUAUUUGAAAAUCAUUACAGAUAUGCAAGUUUUGAUUUUUCUACAUUGCUCUAGAUCUGUAAUGAGCAACUUAUUGUUUUAUGAAAAAAAUAGUGAUUUCUUUUAAUCAGCAAAGUUGGUCAUAUAAACAAAUCCAUAUAGAUAUCCCUCCCCCCUCCCUCCAUUAUUUUUUAUUUUGUAAACUAACUUUACAUGUACUAAUGAAAAUGGUUAUCUUGCAUUGGCUGGUAAUUACAUUCAUUAAAUGUAUGUUUGCACUUUUGCUGUUAAGCUUCUGACACUUGUGCGUAGCUAUAUUCAAUGUUUGGAAUACACAAAGGAUAUUCUGCAUUUGUUCUGGACUUUAUUGGGAGUAACUUUAUAACCUCACUGCAAAGCAGGAUGAGGCAUUAUGACUUGGUUCUUUUCUCAUUUGUUAUAAUCUUUUGUGCAAGCUACCCCAAGAUAUUUCAAGUGAAUAUGAACCCAAUUGUUAUUAUGUACAACAAUCAAAUGUUUAGAACAUUAUUAACCAUCAGAUGUCAAGGGUCGGAGCCAGCCACGUCAAACAUGUGUGUUCACAAUAACUAUUUAGUCAUUGUUAAAGGAUGACUUGGAUGUAUUCUUGAAAUAAUAAUUAAAUAUAUAAAACUUGUUAGAAAAACCGUUCGAAGAACUACUGUUGUAUCAUUCAGUAUCAUAUACAGUACAGCAUUUCUCUUUGUAGUGUUGACCAAAGUGCGUGUUCUGAAAGUCAUUCUUUGUUGUGUAGAUGUGUUACAUUGUUAUCCUCAGUGUAAUGUAUCCCUUGCCACUGAUAUUCUUUCAAACAUUUUAUUUGACGCCAACUUUGACUCUAGAUACAUUCCCACCAUGCAGCUUUUUUUUUUUUUUUUUUUUUUUUUCCCUAAUACUUGGCCACAUUGUGUGUAAGUACUUUUUCAUUUGGAGCAUUUUGGACUUCAUUUAACAAGUAAUCAGUUCUGCAUUCAUAACAGAAAAUCCGUAUUUGGACAUUAACAUGAAUUAACAUGUAAGGAUAGAAAUUUGUGAUCUUCCCCUUUUUCUCUCUGUCUAUGAAUGGGCUUUUGGCUUAUCUUGAUGUCAGAUCAUUUGUGUAAGGUGCUGCAAGAAUUAUGUAUUAGUCUCAUUUACUGUCUUGGUGUAUUAGUGUGUGUGUGUGUGCACAUUAUAAAUUGAUAAUUCUGCUCCAAAUAUUUGUGGAUUAUGUCCCAAUUCUUUUUUACCAAGAAAUAUUAAAGUCCAGAUGUCAAUGCAAUACUUUAGAAUAAGAAAUUGUAUAUAAUAAUAUCUUUGUUUUUAUCACAAUACACUUUUCAUUCUUUAACACUUGAAAACAAAAAGAUGGACUAAAUUAUUUGCUAUCCCAGUUACUGAGAAUGGGAAUGCAUUUAUUUAACCCUCCAUUUUGGCUUGUAGAUCUAGCUCUGUAGAUCUGCUCACCAUUAUUUUAUUUAAAACUGACAAUAAAUAAGUAUUUUUAAGAUUUUAGAAAUGAAACUAUGAAUUUAAUAAUUGUUUGGAGAAAUUCUUAAGUCUGCUAAAGCUGAUGGUGGUAAAAACAGUAUUGUGUGGUGUGCCAAUCCAGUUCUGGAAUUAAAAUCAAAACAGAAUUGCAGGCAUAAAUUUGCAACUCCAAUUGGAAAACUUUACAUUCCAAAUUAUCAUCAUCAACUCAUGGGGAAGGGUUCAUACUGUCAAAUGAUCCAAAUUUAUAUUUUAAAAAUAGAAUCACAUUAGGUAUGGUUGUAAAUGAGGUUCUGUAUAAGUGAGAGGUUGUGAGAUUGAGUGUACUGUAAUUACCGGUGUAAUUACAGGAUGAGAGCUAUGCUCAUGGUGUCCUGUCUUCCCAGUACUGUCAUUUGGCACUUUGAAACUACGGACAGUUUGGACAUUCACCACCACCUCACUUAACUUGUUCUGACUCUACCAUUCUGUGUUUGCUAUAGAGAAUUUUCA